UCGAUUCACUACUUUUUACAUUUUACAUUUUUACAGUAAUGAGAGAAAUAAGUUUAGUUAGUACGGCACUUUAAUUUAAGUUCCGAAUGUUUGCUCUUAGGUGUUAAGGGAGUUCAGUGAAGGAGAAGAGAAAUGACGGACCAACAGUUCUGCCUGAGAUGGAACAAUUUUCAAGCGAAUAUCACGAGCCAGUUUCACGAGCUUCGAAAUGACGAGGACUUUGUCGACGUCACCUUCGCAUGUGAUGGUAGACGGCAGACGGCACACAAGGUCGUCCUUUCGGCAUGUAGUCCUUACUUCAAGGAACUUUUCAAGACAAAUCCCUGUAAACAUCCGAUAAUCUUCAUGCGGGAUGUUGAAUUCGAACAUCUGCAAUCGCUAUUGGAGUUUAUGUACGCUGGAGAAGUGAACAUUUCUCAAGCUGAAUUACCAACUUUUUUGCGAACUGCCGAAGCUCUCCAAAUCCGUGGCCUCACAGACUCCCAAAGCAAUCAGCACAACAGCGAAAAGUUUUCGAAGACGAAUAACAUUCACACUUCGAAUGGCCGUGGCUUGACAUCGCCGAGCUUCGACGAUGAGCGCAGUAAAACGCCACCACCUUCGAGUCCCCCUCCCUUGAAAAGGCUGUGCAAAAGAAGUGAUUCACCUCAAAAUUCUAGUCCUAUACCCGCUGUAGCGCCACCUGCAUCCAGUGCACCUCGUUCUCGCCCACUUAUUGAACCUCAUGUCCAACUUGACUGUUACAAAGACGUUGACGUAGUUGAGCCAAAAAUAGAAUUACCAGAGUAUGGCAGUGAUGAUGACUGCUCUACAAAACCAGAAAUCAAUACCUUACCUGGUGGAUUUCUCAGUCUGGAUGGUGGCAUGGAGGUUCUGCCAUCCUAUCCACCCUCUUAUUCAGGGAGCGGAAUCGAAGGUGAGAUGCCUGGGCCGUCACAUGGGAGCAGUGAGUUGAAUCAGGAACAGCAGGCAAAAAGAGUUCGUCGUGGCAGGCCGCGACUUGGAACAAGAGGUGGAAGGCACAUGACGUCUAUUCAUGGAAAUUCACCAUCUCGAGGUGAUUGGUUGCCUCUUGAUAUGAGGACAACGCCGCCCUCCAUGCCUGCUUUUCGUGGAUUCGAAGAAACCUCUUCAGACGGUGUGGUUCACUUGGGAGAAGGUAUAGCAAUCUGUGAGGAGCAGUUGAGAGCCGUUAAGUGGAGUGAUUACCGGAAAUUGACGAGAGGUUUAGCAGCCAUAUUAUUUAGUCCUACGGAACUAGCGACGUGUUCCGUCACGGGACAACGUUGGAGUCGUGCAGGAACGGCUACCGAACGUCCCGUCAAGCCAGCCCUUGACAAAGCCAAGGUGCAGGCAAUCAUAUCGUACGUGACAUCGAGGUUCCCUUCGGUAGACGUGAGUAGCGUCAAGCAGGUCCUGGCCUACAAGUGCAAAGAGAAUUCUACGGCUCUGAAAAUGAAGUCCAUUCGGUACAUCUGCGAGAGACAGGACACCGAAUCCUCAUCCAUUGUCGAGUCCGAGGAAAAGUGAGUGGGGGCAAGGGGUGCGUGCGGGGUGCAGCCCACCCUUAUGUUUCGCCGUGUCCACCCGCACCCUCGUUAUCAGCGACACCUCCGAAACCUGAAUCGGAAUGGUAGCCAGGAUGAGAGCGAGAAUCCGGAUGAGGAUGAGGAGGACGAGAACGAGAUCGAGAACGAGAACGAGGUGGAGGCCCACCAGGAUCAAAGUAGUCACCUCCCGAGCGCUAAUUCUCUCGGGGGCUUAAUGAGAUUGCACGCCAUUCAUCGCGCCCUUCGUGCCACCCUGAAAACUGCCACUUCCGCCGCAGCUGCCACCUACUUGUGAAAAACUCGUCAUUCUCACUUCCGGCCGGAAAACGCACUCCCGUCACUCAACAAGCAAGCUUGGGUUCAAGGUUGGCAAUAGGCGAGAUCAAAAGCCUCGAAUGCGAUGCAUUUUUAUUUAUCUCUAAUUCUUCCUCUAAACUAAUCUAAUCCAAUCCAAUGCAAUCCCUCUGCCAUUUCCCUAUCCAUCAUUUUUAACCUUCGAAUCUAUUCAUCGACAACUUGGAGCCUGUUCAAGUUGAAAGCUUUAUUUGGGUGUGUCGAAUUAUCGAUAUCUCGAUCUGGGAAUGUGUGGAGACUGCUCAACAAAUCAGAUGAAUCAGCGUUCGAGAAGAAAAUGGGGAAAAUUAAGGGGGAUAAUGACUAGUAUGUUGAAAGAAAUUAACCAAUUAGAUUCAACGAAAUUGUCAAUAUCCCUCUUUCCGGCGGGCAAAGGAUUAAUUUCUAAGUAGAAUUUAAAAUCGCAAAAGCUUGGAGUUGAGGAAUUAGAUUCUAGUUUACAAGCGAGAUUGGUACAAUACGUUAGACAAGCUGCGGGAAAAUUAAAAAGAAAAGGAUUUGAGAUCGAUAUCUCUAGACUAAAUGGACUUUUCAAGUCGGGAAUUCGGUUUUCCCUUCUCCUAAGGUGCUUUAGACAACUUGGCGGUUUAUUACGACAGUAAAAUACGGCCGGCAGCAGGCUACAAUAGUAGGGUGGCGACUUGACCGAGAAAAAUCGGGAAUUUAAUUUAAAAACCGUCAAUUUACUUCUGAUGGGAGUAAAACUCAAGUUUUUAUUAGUGAAAUAAUUUUGGUAAAUUUAGAAAAGUGAUAUCUACUUUCCCUAGAGUCAUAGGGUAUAUAAGUCUUUUAUCAAGAUACGGAUUCAUUUACUUAUUUCAAAAUUCAACUGGUUGAUUAAAAGUUAAACUAAUUUAUUUAAAAAUUAAUUUUUGUGUUGAAGAUUCAUCAUUUCAAGGUA